GCGGCGACCGCGUCUGCGACUUGACAGAGCCUCUCCAUCAGCCCUCGAUUGCGCACCCGUUGCUCCACCAGCACCGUCACCCCACGCCGCCAUGGCUUCCGUCCAGGCCAACCCGGAGAUGCCCGGCCAGGGCCAGCUGCCCGCCAACAUCACCCGCGAGCAGAUCCAGCAUGUGUUUCAACGCUACACCGCCAUGAAGCAGCAAGGCGUCCCCGAGUCCAAUCCCGAGUUCAUCAAGGCGCGCAACCUCCUCACAAUGGUUCAGAAGCAGAACCAGUACCAGCAGCAACAGAAGAUGCUCCGGCAGCAGCAGAUGCAGCAGCGCCAGCAGGGCCAGGUCGACCCCCACGUCGCGCAACAAAACGGCACCCCGACCGGCAUGCCCAACGGCACAAAGCCGCCUGUGCCUGCUGAUGGCAAGACCACGGUGCCCGCGCCGGCCUCGAGCGGACCGUCGUCUACCAUGCAGAUUGCGACUGCCGGAGCACAGGUUCCCGCUACCGACGGCCAGACUCCCACCUCGGCGAGCAGUGCUUCGAUGGCGCUGUCCAAGGACCAGCUUCUGAUGCUGCGCGCUCAGAUCGGAGCCUUCAAGCAUCUCUCCAAAGGCCUUCCCCUGCCUUCGAAUAUGCAGCAGCAAAUCUUUGGCCACCACCAGACAAAGAAGCCCCAAAAUGCUGCUGAUGCCGUCGCCGCUGCUUCUCAGAUGCUCGAUAACGCGACACGUGCAGGCAGUGCCUCAAGUACAGCAGGCGGCGCUGUGCAAGAGACCCGCACGCUGCCUCGUCUUCCGGAUACCUUUAUCGAUCCCUGGAGCAGCGAAGUCUUCCGCGACGUCAACUACAUUUCCCACACGCAGCGCAAGAACCGACCCUACCUCGCGACAAUCAUGCCCCAGGGCGUCGACAUUGAUGCUGUGCAGCAGAGUAUGGAGGAAAUGCGCAAGGAGCGUGAGAUUCUUCUCUACAACCGCCUCACCGCAAGGAAGGCGGAGCUGGAGAAGAUGCAUGCAAACAUCGGCUCAUGGGAUACCAGCAAGACCGACACGCCUGAAGAUGACGGAAAGGUUAAGCUGGCCCUUGUCAUUGAGCAGAAGAAGCUGAACCUGCUUGAGAAGCAACGAAAGCUGCGGAGAGAAAUCGCCCAGCAGAUGAUCCACGCCGACAACCUCGCCAUGACCGCCAACCGAACCGUCUACCGGCGUCUCAAGAAGCAAUCCAUGCGCGAAGCCCGCCUUACGGAGAAGCUCGAGAAGCAGCAACGCGAUGCACGCGAGACCAAGGAAAAGAAGAAGCACCACGAGUUCAUCGACGCUAUCCGCAAGCACCGCACAGAGCUACAGGAGGCUGGCGCGGCUCAGCGAAUACGCCUGCAGAAGCUUGGCCGUACCAUGAUUACAACACACCAGAACAUCGAAAAGGAGGAACAGAAGCGCAUCGAGCGGACAGCCAAGCAGCGUCUCCAGGCUCUCAAGUCCAACGACGAAGAGACGUACCUCAAGCUUUUGGGCCAAGCCAAGGACACUCGUAUCUCACAUCUCCUCAAGCAGACCGAUGGUUUCUUGAAGCAGCUCGCCAACUCUGUCAAGGCGCAACAGCGAUCUGCAAACAACUCAUACGAGCCUGAACCGGACAGCAGCAGCGACGAAUCUGGCGACGAAGACCGACCGGGCAAGAAGAAGACGGACUACUACGAGAUUGCUCACCGCAUCAAGGAAGAGGUUACCCAGCAGGCUACCAACUUGGUCGGAGGUACUCUGAAGGAAUACCAGCUCAAGGGUCUGCAGUGGAUGAUUUCACUGUACAACAACAACCUCAACGGUAUCCUCGCCGACGAGAUGGGCCUCGGAAAAACCAUUCAGACAAUCAGUUUGAUUACCUACCUCAUUGAGAAGAAGCGACAGCCCGGACCUUAUCUCGUUAUUGUGCCGCUGAGUACGCUUACCAACUGGACAAAUGAGUUUGAGAAAUGGGCGCCCAGCGUUAGCAAGAUUGUGUACAAGGGUCCCCCGAACUCGCGUAAGCAGUACCAGCAGCAAAUCCGCUGGGGUCAGUUCCAGGUCCUGCUCACCACAUACGAGUUCAUCAUCAAAGACAGGCCGAUUCUCAGCAAGAUCAAAUGGGUGCACAUGAUUGUCGACGAGGGUCACCGUAUGAAGAACGCCGGCUCGAAGCUCAGCAUGACCAUCACACAAUACUACACAACACGCUAUCGACUCAUUCUGACAGGUACACCGCUGCAGAACAACCUGACAGAACUGUGGGCGAUGCUCAACUUCGUCCUUCCCAACAUCUUCAAGUCGGCUACGUCGUUCGAUGAGUGGUUCAACACGCCCUUUGCGAACACCGGAGGCCAAGAUAAGAUGGAGCUCACUGAAGAAGAGCAGUUGCUCGUCAUUCGUCGUCUGCACAAGGUUCUUAGGCCCUUCUUGCUCCGACGUCUGAAGCGCGAUGUCGAGAAGGAUCUCCCCGACAAGACCGAGCGUGUGAUCAAGUGCAACUUCUCUACCCUCCAGGCCAAGCUGUACAAGCAGCUUGUCACUCACAACCGACUCAUGGUCAGCGACGGCAAGGGUGGAAAGACUGGUAUGCGUGGUUUGAGCAACAUGCUUAUGCAGUUGCGAAAGCUGUGCAACCAUCCUUUUGUCUUUGAAGAGGUCGAGGAUGUCAUCAACCCUACCAAGGGCACCAACGAUCUCCUGUGGCGUUCGGCAGGUAAAUUCGAGCUUCUGGAUCGAAUCUUGCCCAAGUUCAAAGCUACCGGCCAUCGUGUCCUCAUGUUCUUCCAGAUGACGCAGAUUAUGAACAUCAUGGAGGACUACUUGCGACUUCGAGGCAUGCAGUACCUGCGAUUGGACGGAGCGACAAAGGCAGACGAUCGUUCAGACCUGCUGAGACUGUUCAACGCCCCGGACUCACCGUACUUUUGUUUCUUGCUGUCGACGCGCGCUGGUGGUCUUGGACUGAAUCUUCAGACUGCCGACACCGUCAUCAUCUACGACUCUGACUGGAAUCCUCACCAGGAUCUGCAGGCCCAGGAUCGUGCUCACCGUAUCGGUCAGAAGAACGAGGUCCGCAUUCUGCGUCUGAUUACAUCCAACUCGGUUGAAGAGAAGAUUCUCGAGCGAGCCAACUACAAGUUGGAUAUGGAUGGCAAGGUCAUUCAAGCUGGUAAAUUCGACAACAAGUCCAAAGACGACGAGCGAGACGCCAUGUUGCGUAUCAUGUUGGAGUCUGCCGAAGCAGCUGAGAGUCUCGAACAAGAGGAAAUGGAUGAUGACGAUCUGAACCAAAUCAUGAUGCGACAUGAGUCAGAGCUGGCAAUAUUCCAGGAAAUGGAUCGCAAGCGCAUCGCCGAAGAUCCUUAUGGUCCGGGUAAGCCUCUUGGCCGCCUGAUUGGUGAGAGCGAACUGCCAGAUAUCUACUUGAACGAAGAGGCACCUGUCGUUGACGAGAAGGACGAUACCCCUGCCGGUCGUGGCGCCCGAGAGCGUACGCGUGUCAAGUAUGACGAUGGUCUCACCGAAGAGCAAUGGCUAGAGGCUGUUGACAAUGACGAUGACUCCAUUGAAGCCGCUAUCGCACGCAAGGAGGCCAAGGUCGCCAAGCGCGGUAGGAAUAAGGCCUCGCGGGAAGAGGAGUCCCCAGUACCAUCACGCGCCAGCUCAGAGGAGCCUGCGCCGAAAAAACGAGGCCGCAAGCCGAAGGCGGAGAAGCGCAAAGCAGAUGAUGCCUCGCUCGAUGCCGAUCCUGCACCACGGAAACGUGGCCGACCUGCACCUACCAAAGACUUGUUGCCGGCGGGGCAGCGGACAUCGCUUCAAAAGAUUGUCAAUGUUGUUUACGAAGCUCUCAACGACCUGGAGGAAGAGUCAUCCGACCCCAACAUUCCCAACCGUGGUAUCAUUGAUCCCUUCAUUGAGCUGCCAGACAAAUGGGACUAUCCAGACUACUACCAGCUCAUCAAGAACCCCAUCUGCAUGAAGCAGAUUGAAAAGAAGAUCAACAAGAAAGAGUAUCAGUCUGUCAAGCAGUUCCGUCAAGACCUCGGCUUGCUGUGCAAUAACUGCCGGACGUACAACGAGGACACAUCACUGCUCUUUGCGGAUGCCAAUCUGAUUGAGCAGACUGCGCUUGACAAGUUGAAGGAGGCUACGGCGGAGCACCCAGAGUGGCAAGAUUAUGAUGAUGGUAGUAGUGUUCAGGGAGGUGCUAGCACGGCAAUGACGAGCGCGGUCGGUACGCCACGGACUUGAACUUGAAGGGAUGACAGGACGUAGUUUUGUUUUGUUUUAUACACGGUUGCGGUUGCGGCUCGGUUCAAAUACGAUCCUUGAGCCCUAGUAUUUUAUUUUUUUCACGCCUUCUUUCCAUGUCUGCUAAGUUCUUCUUCUUCUUCUUCUCCUUCUCCUUCUUCUUUUUCUUUUUUUUUGCCUUCAUGUGUACAAGAUUGCAAAAGACCUGGGGAAGGGGGGAAAAUGACACACAGAAAAAAGAAAAAGAUUAACUUGACCAAUCCGCAAAGAAGACGCAUUCCAGGCGUUUUUUUCUUCUCUCUCUCUCUCUCUCUCUCUCUCU